GGGACCGGCCGCGUGCGCCAUGUCUGCGGGGCAUGCCCUGAGGCCGACACGGGUCAGCGGCAUGCCCUGAGGCGGUCCCGGGCUGCAGGGGACAGACAGGAACGUGUGCGACACUGCAGCGUGUGGGAGAUUCGUGAUCGGCGCGCGGGUGGACUUGAGAAGUGAGUAGAAGUGGUGAUCUAACGAUUUGACCCGCGCACUGACCUGCGUAGCAGCGCGGAUAUCGCUCGCGAUGAACGUCAGUGGCAAACGGAAGCCCUCCUCUUCCUCCAGUAAGAGUGAGGAGGAUGACAUUCCCCGGAUCCGGGAGCCGGAGUCGGGAGCGGCGGCGGCCUCGGACACGGCGGCUCCCGCGGAGCCGGAGGGAGCCGUGGGAGCCAGCGCGGAGCCGUCGCAGCCGGUGCCCCAGCAGCUACCGCCGCCCAGCACAGCGGGUAUGUGGCCCGGCGCCCGACAGGGCACCCGCACCAAGACCUCGCACCAGAAGAAGAAGAAAAACGUGGUGUCGGUGGACCAGCCGCCCGAGGUCAAGGACGAGCCGGUCACCGGGUCAGCCAGGCCGCGACAAAAGCAGAGAGAGCCACUACCGAUGAAGCUGCGGGCGCUGCCCCAGUCGUUCUGGCUCCAGCCGAACGAUAACAGCACUUCUCCGAACACGGGGUCGCUCCCACCGCUCGUCACAACGUCCAAGGACGCGCAGGAUAUCAAUGACGUCGCCCCGAUCACCCCUCCCGACCAGCGGAGCCUGCGGCGCUCUCCCGAGCAGACCCGGAGUGUGAGUGAGGGUAACCCGGACCUGCUCUUCUCGCUGUUUGACGCCGUCAGCCACGCCGGGGAGAAGAAGAGGAUCACGCUGUGGAAACGGAACAAGUCAAAGAAGCCGUCAUCGACCGACCUUCCGCAUGACGAGGACCCGUACAUGAGCAGCUCGGCCACCGAGUCUAUACUGCCUCUGCUGCCGGACCGGUCCAGCGGGUCGGGGACGCCCUCCAACAGGGGCACCCAGAUUCUGUCUGUGGUACAAAUCCCCGGCACCACGGACCGUGAGACCAUCUGUCUGCCUUCGCUGAGCGUGGAACACAACUACGCCAACAUCCUGUCACAGCUGGUGAUGAAACUGUGAGCUGAACGUGCAGCAGGACUGUGGGAACAGAGCAGCGCGGCGACUGUGAGCACAGUGGCGCCCUGGGGACCUGGAGCUUGGUGGGAAGGUCCAGGAUAGCUGAUGACUGCUGUACAUGAAGUGGGGAUUCAAUGGUGUGUGCCUUGCUGAGGUGGGACGGUUCAUAAACUUACCUUAUCUGCGAAGACUGUCCAGUGGAGACAAUAUUCCGAAUAGUUUGGCUGGCCCAGCUGCAUUCGGACACCACUAUGCAUGGAUCGAAUUCCUCUUCUUUGUUUGAGAGUUCCUUCUCAGCAGAGCUGUAAAUGCUUACCGGGGUCGGAGGCAUUACCCCUCUGAAGUGUUUGUACAUAUAUGUUUCACUUACAUCACUCGGCCACGCUCUCACACAGAACAAAAUUAAAAGAGCAUCCGAUUUCAGCAACGUUAAGGAAACUUGCAAGCAUGAGGCACGAUGCUUUUUAAAUUGACGAAUGAGCGUUGCUACUUGCUUGUACCCAAUUCGGUGAGCGCUAUUAAAAAUUAUGAAUUUCCCCUCGAGCACAGAUACACGGAAAUGCUUUGUUUGUGAAACAUUGAAUGCUAGGAACACAGAAGUACAAAUGCUUAGGUCACGUCUCACAAGUUCUUGAAACAGGCGAGCGCUUGUGAGGGCCUUGAAAUAGUGUACAGUGCAUUAUGUAACUCUGUGUUCAGGGAUACGCUAGUCACCUACGCCAACGCUAAGUCAGAAUAAUAGGCCGAAGCGUAAGGUAUUAGGAAGGGAUAACAUGAUGUAAAUAUUCGGUAAAAAGAGACGAGACACAUUUAGCAUUCGGUAUCUUUAGAAAAUGUGGCUGUCUAAUCUGCCGGACAAUUCUUUAUUUUACACAAACAGGUCUAUAAAUAGGUGCUCAGCAACAGCCUUCAUGUUUUAGAAUGCUAGCAUGCAAGCGAUUGCCGAAGAUUUAAAUUGUGUCACACAGAUUAGACGAAAGCAGAAGCAGCCCGUAGCAUUUAACUGCUUAAGACCUUUUCCACACUUUGCCAAUUACAUGAUAUAAUUCUUUCGACAAUAAUAUCGUUAAUUCAGCAGACAGAACAGCCGGUAUUUUAUUGCUGUCACGCCAUUUAUUCCGUCGAGGGAAUCAUGUCCGUGCCCGGCGGCACAGCAUGCUUUCAGGCGCUCACCACUGCUGCCAUCUAUCGACAAGUUUAUAAAUAAGAGCUGGUACAAUGACGAUACGGUGUCCGUUCGUCGGCGCGACACACCGUGUUCAGAGUGUUCCGGUGUAUGGCUCACGGAUGCACUGCGCACUGUACAGCGAUGCAUGCACACAAUAAUGGAGGCUGCAACACAGCUAAACAGGCGCAAAAUGUGGCCUUACAGCGCUGCUACAUGUACCGUUUGGGUAUAUUCACCCGCCUUUAAAAUCCGUCCAACACCCGUUUAGGCGGUUCUGUGAUGUGGGUGCUUUGACAGUCGCUAUUCUGUAAGUACAUUGUCUGUAUAUAAAAUAUGUAUAUAGCAUACUUAUCUGUGCUCUCAUGUAACGUGGUCUACGAGUGUUCCAUGGUCGGUGACUUUUGUUUUGCAUCGGCACACCAUUCGCCUAAACAUACAUGGUUUGUGGUUGAUGAGCUUCGUACGUAACAGGUCUAUGCAAUGCACUAUGCACAUAAAAACAUGCCGAAGCACAUGUUGGUCGUCUUUGUCCGAAAUAUUGUGAAGACGUCAUCGUUGUAUACAGCCACAUCGUGUAUAAUUUGUGUGCUGAGCAUUUGCCAUAUAAAUACGACUUUCGCACAGCUGCUUGCGAGUGACGUGUGAACAUUGAGUGGAUAGAAGACUUCUUGACCAUAGAAUGGAUGCCAGGUCUCCGUUGUAUGUGCUCUGUCUUGCAUGGGCGGAUCCAGCCGGACGUUUUUUUCAGGCGGGGAGGGGGGAAAGCCGAAGGGGCAAAUGGCCGAAAUGGCCCCUUUCCUUCCAUGCACCGCCGUAGGCGUAAUGUUAAAACUCGGGUCUUUUUGGGGGAGGGUGGGGGCAAACGGACUUUGAGGGGGGAAGGUAUGGCCCUAAAUUCCCCCUGGAUCCGCCAGUGCUCUCGUGUGCUUCUCGACUUUUUUUAAACGAUGGUUUUGUUAUAUGCUCACGUGCUCUGGCAAUAUGUUGACGAUUGUUCGCUGGUUAGAUUAUUCUGGCGUGCUGAUCCAUCGGUGCUAAUUAUAUUCUCCGAUCAAAAGUCAUCACUGACAGAUGACUCAGAACUACUUUAUCUGCCCGCAACAGCCGACGCAGUCGUGUUGGAAAAAUAAGCACAUUUUCAUCUCAAGGAAAAAUAUGCACAUUUUCAUCAUUUUCAUCUCUUCAACUUCAAUAAUGCCCCACGGCUCCCGCUCAUUGUAACAGCUGUUGAAACAUAUAGGUUUUUUCCUGUGGCUGUUGAGCAGCGUUGUCUCUGUGUUGUGCGUGUCACAAUCACUUAGCAUGGCCCCUCCAAGGCCUGCAGUAUGGUGCCGUGCGUCCGUUCUUGCGUGACGAUUCUGUCCCAGCAAAACAUAGUCGUAUUUAUUGCAGGUAGCACGACAAACGUGUUUGACACUAGUCCACGGUGCCGUUUUUAUCGUUAUUUUCUUUCUCUCCAUACGAGCUAUUCAGCCGCAAAUGCUCGAAAGUCAAUUAUCUAAUUCUAGUCGUUGAGAAGUUUUAAAUGCAAUAUUUCGGUAAACAAUAUAGGUACCCUUAUCAAUUUGUUUUGUGUGCGCUGAUAGGAAUAUUUUCGUUAUAUUUGCGAUACAUAGUUAGGAAAUACGUAAGUUGAUCAUGCUUGAUGUAAUCAGUGCACGGAACUCACUCAACUCACCAAGUCUGUGAGUUUAGAGCUGAGUUACUCCGAGUAAGACAUACACGUCAGACGAUAGACUGGUCUAAUCACCGAUUAGACCAGCUCUGUCCGAGAAAGAUUAAACAACUGAGAAGCCCUGCACACGUUUCUGGCGACCCGCUAAAAACACUGUGCUUAACAUCCCAGUGCAAGUCAGCUGAAUGAAAGAAGCAGAAUGUAAUACAGUCGCCGAGAAAUGUCACUAAUGUUCCUAUAGACUAGUGCAGUGGAGUGAGUCAUAUUUGUGAUCGCCUCAUCGUGUAUGAAAUGAAUGAGUGUUGUUCAGUCGCAAUGCACAUGCCUCGCUAGACACAGCUAGACACUACAAUCGUGAGUUGAAUAUGGCGCAAUACAACUGUGGUGC